CCCGCCCCUCGUGCCGAGCCGGAACUCGCAGGCGCUCUCGGGCACAGCCGCCCCCGUGGUAGACUGGGACCGGUAGGGGAAAUGCCCUCGGCGGUUUGCUUCGCUCUGUAGAGGAGCGAUGGGGAGGCGUUGGGCCUGGCCUGAGGUAGGAGGGAGCCCAGCUGUUGCCGCUAGUGCCUGAGCCGUGAUGCUCGCGUGGGCCCUACUCUCCGCGGUGCUCUGGUCUCUCGCAGGAGUUGGAUCGGCACGUUCUUCCUUAUUCAGUAACGAAGGCUUUGUUUACGGCACGGUAGGGCACCCAGACUGCCACAGAAUAAAGAAAAAUAUUGCCGACAAAGUGCAGUUUAAAGGCUUACUAUGGGGAGCAAAAAGGACUUCCUUCUAAAUGACAGCUAGCAUCCAACACGUUCUGAAGACUUUUUAAGUACCGAGAUCCAGAAAGAACUAAUUGGUAUCGUUGUCUAGGAGUGCGCCUUUAUUUUGCCAAACAAUGUAAUUAUGCAGAAUUUUAUGUUGUCACAGUAAAAAUAUACGUAAAGUUACAUCAGACUAGCCCUGUCCUUGUUUGUAUGGAUAUUGAUCGUGCUAGCAAAGAAACCGUGGAUCCCAUCUACUUAUGGAUUGGGCCGAAUGAAAACACAUUAACAGGGAGUAGCCAAAUAAAUAUAACAAACAUAGGAGAACUGGUACUGAAGGAUUUUAUGGAGUCAUUAUCUGGACAUUACUCAUGUACUCUUUCCUAUAAAAUUGUCAAAGCAGAAACCCAAGAAGAAACUUCACUAAAGAAGAAAUAUGACUUUCUGGUCUUUGCCUACCGGGAACCUGAUUAUUCUUAUCGCAUGGCUGUGCGUUUUACCACAAAAUCUUGUGUAGGAAGAUAUAAUGACCUGCUCUUUAGACUGCUGAAGAAAAUCUUGGAUAAUUUAAUCUCUGAUUUGUUGUGCCAUGUCAUAGAACCAUCUUAUAAGUGCCAUUCUGUUAAAAUCCCAGAGAGGGACUUCGUGUACGAGCUAUUCGUAGCCUUUCAAGUGAAUCCUUUUGCACCCGGCUGGAAAAGUAUGUGCAAUAGCUCUAUGGACUGUGAGGACGUCACCAAUCAUAACAUCCUCAAGGCACGAGAUCGGAUAGAAGAGUUUUUUCGGAGCCAAGCUUACAUCCUGCACCACCACUUUAAUAUAACUGUCCCAGCUAUGCACUUCGUGGACCACAGUUUCCAAGUAACUCGCAUAGACAACUGUCGGCCAGGCUUUGGGAAAAACGAAGGUCUACACAGCAACUGUGCUAGCUGUUGCGUGGUCUGUAGUCCUGGAACGUUCAGUCCCGAUAUGGAUGUCACCUGUCAGACCUGUGUUUCUGCCCAUGUCUACGGAGCCAAAGCUUGCCCAUAAACGCCAAGAACAGAGGCGAACGCAUGGUUGUUUGCCUCUGAAGGUGGAGGCAAAGAUCCGCUCGCAUCGGAGAGCAUCGUAGAUGCCUCUGUAAAGGAAGAUCCGUAAGAGCAAAGCUCCGGAAGUACGCAUUCUAGAAACAGCAGAAAGCAGUUGCCGUGGACAACCAACAGUAGGUUCUGAGAAGGCCUUUACCUCAGUGCCUCGGUGUACAAGGGGGAGUUCAAGUGUUAGUCGACGCUCUAAAUGGAUAUGUUCUGUUUUCUACAAACUGAAACAUGCUUUGUACUUGAUAUUAAGGUCAAAAAGAGUAGCAAAGUAUACUAUAAUAAAAAAUUUUCUAUUUUCCGUA